UCCAGCUGUGUGCGUGUUUUUGUAUGAUACAGGAAGAAAGAGGACAGAGGUCAUGGCACAUGCGCAGUUCAUCCACAGGCAGCGUGCGUAGAAGCAAGAUGGCGGAACUCACAGGAUCUGCCAAGAAGAAGUCCAAGAAGGAGAAGAAGAAGUCUACAGAUGGAGCUGUGGAUAUUGGGGAAGCCCAGACAACGGAUGACUUUGUCAUCAAGCCAGACUCCAAACCUACAAAACUGAACACAGCAGACUGGCCCCUCCUUCUCAAGAACUAUGACAAGCUGAAUGUGAGGACAGGACACUACACUCCCAUCCCCAGUGGAUGUUCACCACUCAAGAGGCCUAUUGAGGAAUAUGUCAGGAGUGGUUUCAUUAACCUGGACAAACCAGCCAACCCGUCCUCCCACGAGGUGGUGGCGUGGAUCAGGCGCAUUCUCCGCGUAGAGAAGACGGGACACAGCGGGACGCUGGACCCCAAGGUCACGGGCUGCCUCAUCGUGUGUGUGGAGCGGGCAACCAGGCUGGUCAAGUCUCAGCAAGGGGCAGGGAAGGAGUACGUGUGUGUAGUGAGGCUCCACAGUGCUAUAGAUGGGCAGGAGGAGUUGGCACGGACUAUAGAGCACCUGACGGGAGCACUGUUCCAGCGCCCUCCCCUCAUCUCUGCUGUGAAGAGACAGCUGAGAAUCCGAACCAUCUACGAGAGUAAACUCAUCCAGUAUGAUCCCGAGUCCAGACUGGGUGUGUUCUGGGUGAGCUGUGAGGCAGGCACGUACAUCCGUACCCUGUGUGUACACGUGGGCCUGCUGCUGGGGGUGGGGGGGCAGAUGCAGGAGCUACGCAGGGUGCGCUCAGGAAUCAUGUCUGAAAAGGAGGGUAUGGUGACCAUGCAUGACGUACUGGACGCCCAGUGGAUGCAUGACAACCAGAAGGAUGAGUCUUACCUCCGCAGAGUCAUCCGUCCUCUCGAGGCGCUCCUCACGUCACACAAGAGGAUCGUGCUCAAGGACAGUGCUGUUAACGCGGUAUGUUACGGAGCAAAGAUCAUGCUGCCAGGAGUGCUGAGGUUCGAGGACGGCAUCGAGCAGAACGAAGAGAUUGUUGUCAUGACAACAAAGGGAGAAGCUGUCUGUCUAGGAAUCGCACUUAUGACCACUGCAACCAUGGCGACAUGUGACCAUGGGAUAGUGGCUAAGAUCAAGAGAGUCAUCAUGGAGAGGGAUACGUACCCUCGUAAGUGGGGGCUUGGACCAAAGGCAAGUCUAAAGAAGAAGCUGAUAAAGGAGGGUUUGCUGGAUAAGUAUGGCAAGGCUAACGAGAAGACUCCACAAGACUGGAAGUCGUCUUAUGUAGACUACAAUGUUGCUAAGGGCAACAAUGGUGCAGCAGUACCCCCAGCACAGGUCACCCCUGGCAAGUCACCUGAGGCUGAUGGAGCAGGGGCAAAGAGGAAGAGACUAGAGAGUAGCAGUGAUGACUCGUCUGAAGCCGGGUCCGCACCCACAACUCCUGUGGUCAAGGAAGCAGCAGCAGAGCCUGAGACUCCUACAUCUAGCAAGAAAGAGAAAAAGAAGAAGAAAAAGAAGCAAAAAGCCGAGGGAACAGACCCUGAGACCCCCAAGUCAGAGAAAAAGAAGAAGAAAAAGAAGGAAAAGAAAAAGAAGAAAGAAGAUAGUUCAGACGAUUCAGAUUAAGUUAAAGUUAUGGGUCCAUGGUAUUGUAAAACAAACAGACUUUUGUUUAGUUUUUUCAUUUUAGAAAUUACAUGUAUCAUUUGAUGUGAUAACUUUUGAUACUUGCCAAAUAUCUUCUUGCACUUAAGCAUCUAACUUUGUAAAGAGUUGAUGUAAGUUCAUUGAUACUGUCCUUGACUACCAAAGUAGUAAUUGGGUAUAAUUACAAAAGAAAAUAGUACUUUGUGCAACUGAUUCUGAAGGAAAUACAUGUCGAGAAAUGUACUGAAAAGAAGUAAGAUGUCCUCCAUUUAUGUUCUAACCGUUAGAACUUUGUUAUUUGGAGAAAAGUUUAAAAGUUUUUCAUUUGAAAAAGUAUUAAAGACAAUGUCGUUUUGCUUAUGGAUUUAUCAAAGAUUGUAUGUAAACAAGAGAGCAAACAAUCUGCACUAAAGAGGCAAGUGAAUGACAAAUGUAUCAUUGAUUGUUUUUGGUCUGUCUCUUGAUUGAAAAUCAUGUAACUAAGAAAAUCAAAGUGAUUAAAAGAGACCCUUGUAAGAAACCUCUGAGUAUUUCAUGUUAAGGUCGUCCAUGUUUCCUUUGUGACACUCGAAUGAUCUUCAAUAUCAUCUUUGUUCAGUUUUGUCCCUGUUCACAUGAAACUGGUGAAGUCUUUGAUCAAAGAUGAAGAAGUAUUGUACAGAGAAAUCAGUUUAAGUACUUGUAGUUAAUAGUUGUCUUUACUUUUACAAAUCAGCUUUCUUGUUGUAGUUUUGUAACCUAACAAAUCAGGCUGCUGUUUUUUGUAAUUUCUGUUUGUUUAUCAAUCAAUAUUUAGUAAGAUAGCUAUCUUUUUUUUUCUUUCCUAACCUGGCUGUAACAUUGUUACUAAAGAAGGUAAUGUUUAUUUGUAUGACACUUUCCAGAGGAGCUGGAAAAUAAACUGUGUAAAAGUGCA